AUGAUCAUAGAAAUUCUUGCUCUUUCUAUUGUUUUAAUAAAAGGAACUGAGUGCAUUUUACAAAAAUAAUCUUGCAAAAACUUAAAUACUAAAUUAUAAUGUGAGAAUACAGAUAAUCCUUAUUUAAAAUGUUCUUGGAAUGGUUUAUGCAUUAGUUAAUUCUAAAAUUCUUGCUAUUAAUUUUAUACUGAAUUGGAUUGUUAAAGAAAUUAUUAAUAUUAAAGUUAUGUAUGUUAUUGGAAAGAUGGAGAGUGUUUAAAAAGAAAUAAACCUAAAGGUACAUAUGAUAUAAAUUUUGGUGAUAAAACAUGUGAAGAUAUAGAUAAUUAUUCUUAAUGUAGUAAUUAAAUUGGAAUUGCAUUACUUUGUGCAUGGAAUCACAAUCAUUGUUAAACUAUACAAAAAUGUUCUUAAAUUACUAGCUUCCAAUAAUGUAGAAAUGCCAAAAUUAGAGAUAGGUAUUCAAAUUUAUAUUUUAAUUAAGAUGUCAAUAUGUAGUUAAUAACAUAGCAUCUAAUUAACAAAUGGAUUAAAUAUUUGCUACAGAUAUUUUUGAUUAUAAAACUUGUAGAAAUUAAGAUUGCCUAUUUAAUACUAAUUCUGAUUGUCCUGCAUUUAGAAAUGGAAGAAGAUGUUUCUUAAAAGAAGGAAAAUGCACAUAAUGUUCUUACUAAACUAAUAGAAAUGAUUGUAUAGCUACAAACAAAUGUACUUGGUAAAAUUCAGAAUGUUCAAACAUUAUGUAAAUUUAUUUCUUUAUUAUAAUAGUUGUUCUUCAAUCUUAAGUAAAAAAUUGUGUAAUUCAAUAAGGUAUUGUUAAUAUGACUUUACUACUUAAAGUUGUUAAAAUAACAAUAAAUAAUAAUUAAGUCAUUGUUAUAACUAUAACAUUAGUUCAGAUCCCAUAAAAACAAAAUACAACAGUUUUAUAUGA